ACAAGGGACAUAAGAUUAAAAGGGAGAACUUGUGAAUUCUGUGGAGAGGUGAAAGCAACACCUGCUGCGUUACAACGCCAUCGACGUAAACAUACAGGAGAACGCCCAUUUAUAUGCUCGAUGUUUGGUGAUCGCGUCUGUAGCUACUGUGGGAAAUAUUUUGCAAAACCAAGUGAAUUAAAACGUCAUCAGUUGGUUCAUACGGGGGAGAGACCAUUUAAAUGUGAGAUUUGUGGAAAGGCAUUUAAAGCCAAAGGUAGUCUGUUUUAUCAUCAGAAAGCAGCCCAUGAUUCAGCCAAUCAAAAUAAUGGCAAGAAAUACUUUGUGAAUUUAAUGACUGGGAUGUACGAAUGUCGUUUUUGUAGAAAAUCUUUUUCCAGAGAAUUCCUUCUUCAGCGACACGAAAAAAUCCACACAGGUCAGAAGGGUAUAUACUGUAAAGAAUGUGGUAAAGUAAAUCGAGAUAAUUUAUGUAAACCAACAGUUCUACCUGAUGGACGUUAUGUUUAUCGCUGUGAAAUUUGUUCCAAAGAUUUCUUGUCAUUCUCAGAUGUCAACAGGCAUAUGGAUUUUCAUGAAGAUAUUCGGCCGUAUAAAUGUGGAUUUUGUGAUUAUUAUGCCAGAACAAACAGUCAGUUAAAAGUGCACAUGAUGAGACAUCAAGGUAUUCGUGAGUUUUGUUGUAAAUUAUGUAAUUAUAAAGGUGUCACCCAAUCAGAUUUAAAUCGUCAUACCAAAUCACAGAUUCAUACUCUGAAGGCUCGUAAUGCCUGUAUUCACUGUGGAGAGGGGUUCGUUACCAGAUCUAAUCUUGAUAAACAUAUGGCCAGCAACUGUUCUAUUAAAGGGUAUGCAUUAUCGGCUAGUGUACGGAAAACUUAA